AUGGCUGCUGUGUCUCUGGAUGCUGCUGAAAGGCUAGCAUCUCGCUUUGUGCAUUCUCUUUCAUACCUGAGUUGGCUAGUUGUGCUGCUUUUCAUUGUUCUAUCACUGUCAAGAACUUAUGCACUACAUAAGAAUUUCAGUGCUCACAUUGAGGUGUAUAAGAGCUUCAACGAGCAUCUCAUGGACCAUCAACAGCAACUGGACUUUUCGAAACGUGGGGAUCCACUGCGUUUGUGUGUGGGGAAGGAAUGGUACCGAUUCCCCUCUUCUUUCUUUCUCCCUCAGACUGCCCUUGAUGCCCGUUCUAGAAAGCGAGGAAUUCACCUACAUUUUCUCAAAAGCGAGUUCUCCGGGCUUCUCCCAAAAUACUUCCCGCAAGGAAGGUUGCCAUUUAUCACUCGACGUAUUCCCACAGAAAUGAACGAUAUGAACCAAGAGGAAAUGUCGCGAUAUGUUCCACUGGAAACAUGUGAUUACAUAGUGGACCUGGAAAUUCCCGACCAAACUACAUCUCUAGAGCCUAAUUUUGGACUCAUGGUUAGUUUUUGCAAUGCUUUAGUCAGCGAUGGCUUCUUCUAUCAUGAGACUUGGCAAAUGCUAAUAGAUGACGCCUGGCUAAUUCAGGUGGACAGCUACGUUCGCUUGCACUCGCAUCCGUUUCUGGUGGCAUCGAAGUCUCACUGGCUAUAUAGAGCCUUUUUUGUACCUUACCUAUCCGCGAAGCAUACGUCAUUCGCGAAUUAUACGCUUUACCAACGGAUACCUCCUACUGUUAGAGUUUAGCA